GUCCCCUUAGUACUCUGUCACGAAAAGGUUAUUGACAAAUCGUGAAUAUUGUGCAGUUCUAAAGAUAAAGAAUGCAACUGGUGUUAACAAACGUGAAAUUUUUUGUCUGAAUCUUAGUCUAAGAAAUUGUUCUUACUAGCCUGUCUUUGCCGUAAGACGAUCAGAAAGGCGGUCCAUAAGACUAUAACAAAGGCGGCGUAUCACAAAGGGUGUGUUGUGUAGAGUUAUGGAAAAGGUGCAGUCUUCUGUUGCAUGGUACCAACAGAAGAUAUCAAAUGAAAUUUAUGUUAUUGGAUCGUACGACAGACAACUGUGGGAGCAGUCCGUCGAACAGAAAGUUUUAAAGGUUGGUGGACAAAAUAACAUCAAGCAUGCCCCGCGCCGUGUUGUGAAGCCAAAGACUGAGUUGAUAGACGUAGAUCUCGUGCGCGGGUCCACCUUCUCCAAGGCCAAGCCGCAGGUGCCAUGGACCUACAUUACGCUGAAAACAUUCAGUCGAGUCAUCUUCUUUCCCCUGCAUUACAGAUGGUGGGUGCAGCAGACAUCAUGGCUGUUCAUGUCUUCCCUGAUGGUCCUUUACUCCAUGCAGAUCGUUUCCUUCAUUGUGUUCUUCUUCAAUGUCAGCGAACAGUUGAUGCAGGAUGAGCAGUCCCUGAGUGAGGUGGUGGUCCCGUUCAUCCUCAUGGUGCUGCUGGGUCUCAUCCACUCUCAGACCAUCCUCACCCAUCUACGCCCACCAGUACGCGACAACAAACGUGACCUGUGGAGAAGAAAACGCUCUAUGUCUCAGAACUGUGUCGGCACAGCCGACAAUGUUGGAAUGCCAGUUGCUACGGAAACUGCCUCCAUGGAUAUACCUGGUUUGAGCCAAUCGCGAUCGAGUAUGAAAGGUCAUAAAGGGUCACGACCUUUGAGAGAGAGAACAAAGGAGCAAACGAUUAGAUAUAACCAAAUUAGGGCUAUGAAUCAGCGUAUAAUAAUUCGAGAAAAUGCCCAAGAUUCUGAAUCAGCUUAUCACACAUUUGAGGCGAGUGAUUCCAUACCAGAGAGAACUUCUUCAAGGGAGCCUGAUUCUUAUGGUGCUGGUAGAGUUGAUGAAAUCAGAAGAAAGGAAGAUAAUUCAAGUUCAGAGUCAAAGUUGGAUAUCUCACCGAGAGUGAAGAUAAAUGGUUGUGAAACUUUCUGCAAAACUCGUGAGAGUAAUGAAAGUGACUUUCCCCAGGAGUCGAACUCAGACGAUGAAAAACCUGGACUUGUUGUGCAUUUAGAGCAAAUCUCCAAACGUUCAAGCCAGUCGAUAUCUUCUGAUGAUGAUGACAAUGAGGACAAGUAUAAUAAAACUAGUGCACUGAAUGUUUCAGUGCAAAGUGUUGACUCGCAAACAUUAGAGAAUAACAAAGAGCUGAAUGCUAAAGCUGUGUUUGAGGGGGUUUCAGUUUCAUCCUUGAAAAAUGUGUCAGUGCAAAGCAGUUAUAUGCAAACAUUGGAAAAUGACAAACAGAUGAAUGCUAAAGCCGAGGUUGAGGGGGUUUCAGUAUCACCUUUUGAGAACCCCACUCCUCUGGAAGGAAGGUCCACUGAGAUCUCUCAAACUGUCCCAGUGGUAGUGGUUAAAGAAAGUGAUCCCUCUCCUGUAGGAACCAGCACUCCAUUCAAGCUGUGCAACGGUGCUAGCGGUCAAUCCAGUCAGAUUGGUGCUGUAGACACUACGAGUACUCAGAAGGUCUGUCGAAUUCGUGAUUCGCACACACACCAGGACGUCAACAGGUCUGCCUUAAGCAACAUGAUGCUGGAUGGAGCACCUAACAUGAUGAAAUCGCAUACCCAUAUAGCGUCCACUGUGCAUUUUACAAAAGACCUUGUCUCGCUUCGAGAGUUUACCCCGAAGAGCUCAAGGGAAAGCACCCCUACCCACACACCGUCGGACAUAUUACUGCAGAAAAAACACUCACUGAAAAUGAGAGAGAAACUGGACACUGACACUGAAUCUGAGGUAGAACGGACAGAACGGUCCAAGAUUAAAUUUGUUAACUUGCGUCGUAGGAAGGGUUCUGAGUCUCAGUGCACAGAGGUCAAGAGCUCCAUCCUGCGUAACCGUUGGCAUCCGGGGAGUUUGUCACUACUAGAGACGAAGAGUACAACGGGGGUGAGCUCGUCUGAUGGGGAGACAGAGGGGCACAGCUCCGAGUACAGCAGGGGCAGCAGACGGGGUCGCACAGCCAGUUCGGAUGAGUUUGGGGACCACCUUCAGUCCGAUGUGGACUCCACAUCAGAAGAAUCCUCGCACUCGUCCCCGGAGAUCUCACAGACUGAGCACAUGCCUGAGGACUCAGAAACGGAAUUUAACGUUGCCAACAGCCCCUACCUGAACAACAGCAGCGUCAUCAGUGGCAGCCAUUCCAUGAGCUAUCUACAGAUUCGGAAAAGACGAAAAAAAUAUUUUGAAAAUUUUGGAGCUACGAGGUUUGAGAACGACAGCGACGAUAUGUUCAUUAUUACCACAUCAGUGCAUGCUUUUGUAAAAUAUAUGUGUGGUUAUGCUGUGCAGUGUUCUAUCUAUAUAUAUUGUUUAUUUAUUUUACAGCUUAACAAAAUUCAGUCCUCUGCAGUUCCAAAUGUACAACCGCCUGAUAAAGUCACCUGCAUUAUCUGGGAGAGAAACGAGUGCAAGAAGGUAGAACUGACAGCCCUGGACAUCGGCUGGGCCAUAAUAGAAACUGUAGACAAGAUACCGGAGAGUUCAGACUACAUCUUCAUCGGGCUGACGUUUUCUAUACUGAUGGGUUUCACUCCGUUCCUGUUCAUGGCCUUCCAUGCCAAGGACUCGCCCAGCAUCCUCAGCUGGGAGGUGCUCACCGUGAUCACGGACUGGGGCUACAGUCUUACAUGGAAGGAAUGCCUGAUUCAUGCCAAUGCUGCCAUUCAGAGGUUUUGCUUGAGUGCAAUUUUCUUCUUCUUGCUGUCUGUAGCAGACAGGACCUUUAAACAGCGGUUGUUAUAUGCCAAACAUUUCUGUUACCUGACGUCUUCUCGACGGGCGAAGAAGUUUGAGUUGCCUCACUUACGUCUCAACAAAGUGCGUAACAUCCGCACAUGGCUGUCCCUGAGGUCUUACCUAAAGAAACGUGGUCCUCAGCGCUCUGUGGACGUGAUAGUGUCGGCAGCCUUCCUAAUUACUCUGAUCAUGCUGAUCCUCAUGUGUCUACAGCUGCUCCGUGAAGCUGAGACCUAUCUGAACUUCCUGGUGAACUGGGAGCUGCUCCUGUGGUGCAUGGCGCUGGGCAUCUACCUGCUGAGGUUCAUGACCCUUGGACUGCGCAUCAACAAAAAGUACCGCAACCUGAGUGUGCUCAUCACAGAGCAGAUCAACCUGUACCUGCAGAUGGAGCAGAAACCACACAAGAAGGAGGAGCUUCUCGUGGCAAACAAUGUGCUCAAACUGGCAGAGAGUCUCCUUAAAGAGCUGGAGAGCCCCUUCAAGAUCUCCGGUAUCUCGGCCAACCCUCUCAUACUCAACGUGACAAAGGUUGUAGUGCUGUCUGCGUUCUCGGCUGUGCUUACCGAGCUCCUCGGAUUUAAGCUCAAGCUCUACAAGAUCAAGCUCAAAGCUUAAAGCUUAGGUUUGUGUGUAACGUCUCAUAUACCUUGCCAAUAGGACUUUGUUUGGUCAAGAUUGGCAUUGUGCCAAUAGGACUUUGUUUGUACAAGAUUGGCAUAGUGCCAAUACAAAUUGGCAUAGUGCCAAUACAAGAUUGGCAUAGUGCCAAUAUAAGAUUGGCAUAGGGCCAAUACAAGAUUGGCAUAGUGCCAAUAGGACCUUGUUUGUACAAGAUUGGAACCGUGCCAAUAGGACUUUAAUUGUCUAGUGUGAAGACGAAAAAGAAAACACAUCCGUUGUAAAAUUGCCAAAACGUAGGUUACAUUGUUAGUAGAAAAUAUUAUGUCAAGCCAUGAUUGUAUUUGAAGUUUUAGCAUUAUGAUGGUUUGUUUGCAGAUGAACCAAUCUUUGUUAUUCUGAUUCGUAAAUGUUAUAGCAGAAUAACAAAUUUUAUCGCCCCCUACCCCCCUCCAUCCAAGUUUAACUGAGGUAACUUUAGCUCACCUGUGUAAAAAAUGAUUGCUGAGCUUUUUGUUAUCACUUUUUGUCAGUUGUUUGCCAUGAAUUUUGGGUAGUGCAUCAUCAACAUUUUCCUUGUGAACAUUCAACAAUCAAGAUGCCAUAUUUAUUGCCCAAUCUUUAUGCAACUUGUCAGUAUAUUUGUCCCAUUAAACCUCAUAAUUGCUCGACUCUAGUUCAUUUGGAGUCACUAGGCCACAGGGUUAUGUGGGGUAAAAAAGGGGGGUCACUAGGCCACAAGGACAUGUGGGAGGAAAAAGAAGGUCACUAGGUCAUGGUAAAUAAAAAGCUUUUGAAAAGGCUUGAUGCCAUAUUUAUAACCUAAUAGUCAUGAAAUUUGCUCUUUAGGUAAUGAUUUUUGACAAGUAUUAAAAAUAGUUCCUGUCCAUUAAAAAAAUAUGGCCUCCAUUAGACAGGGAAGUUACCUAUAUUUAGUGAAACCAUUAGAACACUUAGAAGCCACAUGUUUAACAAGGUCUGAGUUUGAAAUAUUUGUGGUUUGGUUUAAAAAAAUGUCUCCCAAGAGUGAUGCAGUUUUCCUUAUAAGUCUGUUGUGAAACCAUGUGAACAUCUUCUUCUCGUUUGCCAAUACCCGGUUAGCAUUUGUCUUGCCUAUUUGAUAUUGCUUUGCCUUCUGGUUCUUUGUUUUUAACCUAUAAAUGCCAUUGUUUUAAAGGGAUGCCUUAUUAUAAAUACUAAUUGAAACAAAAUUGACUAGUACUAACAAUCUUUGAGCUAGAGUAAAUGAGUUUAGCUGAAUCAUUUUUUAUUCCAUUGAACUUCUAUGAAGUCAGUUGAAGUCAUUAUAUAGAUUUUGUUUUGAAUUUGCUUGUAGCUGUUUUGACAUAAGUUUAGUUAUUGAAUCAAUAACAACUUGCACAGGUCUGCAGUGUUAGAUUUAGCUCUUUUGUAUUUCAAUUUUUAUUGGAAUCAACAUGCCUAAGAAUGUGUAUUUUAUUAUGCCCCCCUUCGAAGAAGAGGGGGUAUAUUGCUUUGCUCAUGUCGGUCAGUCGGUCGGUAGGUCGGUCGGUCGGUCCGUCCACCAGGUGGUUUCCGGAUGAAAACUCAAGAACGCUUGGGCCUAGGAUCAUGAAACUUCAUAGGUACAUUGAUCAUGACUCGCAGAUGACCCCUAUUGAUUUAAAGGUCACUAGGUCAAAGGUCAAGGUCACGGUGACCCGAAAUAGUAAAUUGGUUUCCGGAUGAUAACUCAAGAACGCAUACGCCUAGGAUCAUGAAACUUCAUGGGUAGAUUGAUCAUGACUCGCAGAUGACCCCUAUUGAUUUUGAGGUCACUAGGUCAAAGGUCAAGGUCACGGUGACCCAAAAUAGUAAAAUGGUUUCCGGAUGAUAACUCAAGAACGCAUACGCCUAGGAUCAUGAAACUUCAUGGGUAGAUUGAUCAUGACUCGCAGAUGACCCCUAUUGAUUUUGAGGUCACUAGGUCAAAGGACAAGGGCACGGUGACCCGAAAUAGUAAAAUGAUUUUCGGAUGAUAAUUCAAGAACGCAUAUGCCUAGGAUCAUGAAACUUCAUAGGUAGAUUGAUCAUGAUUCGCAGAUGACCCCUAUUGAUUUUCAGGUCACUAGGUCAAAGGUCAAGGUCACGGUGACCCGAAAUAGUUAAAUGAUUUUCGGAUGAUAACUCAAGAACGCAUAUGCCUAGGAUCAUGAAACUUCAUAGGUAGAUUGAUCAUGACUUGCAGAUGACCCCUAUUGAUUUUUAGGUCACAAGGUCAAAGGUCAAGGUCACGGUGACCAGAAAUAAUAAAAUGAUUUUCAGAUGAUAACUCAAGAACGCGUUUGCCUAGGAUCAUGACACUUCAUAGGUACAUUGAUCGUGACUCGCAGAUGACCCCUAUUGAUUUUCAGGUCACUAGGUCAAAGGUCAAGGUCACAGUGACAAAAAAUGUAUUCACACAAUGGCUGCCAGUACAACGGACAGCCCAUAUGGGGGGCAUGCAUGUUUUACAAACAGCACUUGUUUUGCUUUAACCCUUUGCAUGCUGGGAAAUUUGUCGUCUGCUAAAAUGUUGUCUGCUGAAUUUCUAAAAUUAGCUUUUUUCUUUGAUUUUUUUUCAAAGAAUACUUUCAGAAUAGCAAACAGCUUGGAUCGUGAUGAGACGCCACAUUCUGUGGCAUCUCAUCUGGAUCCAAACUGUUUGCAAACGCCUUCAAAAUUCGGUUCCAGCACUGAAACAGUUAAAGCAUACUUCAUUAGGGUCUUCAUAUAUUCUGUGUGUUUCAAAGAACAACAGUGUCUUUUGUAAACUAUCUAAGAAAUGGGUGACCACAUUCAAACUGAAAAAUUUAUUUGUUAUAGGUUUGGCAGAUUAUAUUAUCAUGAUAUGUUUUCAUUGAACAAAACUUUAUGUAAGCAUUGUGGUAUCUAUUCACCCAAAUUCAUAAUUAGACUUGUUUUCUUUCAAACCAUAUACCGUAAAGUCAGCUUGUUUUGAUAUUAUUAAUAAAGUACAACAUUCUGAAUAAUUGUUGAACACUGUAAUAUAAUAACUUGCAUAAUAGAGAAAUAAAUAUGUUAAAUAUAGAUAAAUUUAAAUUGUUCAACGCUAAACCGUUUUCAAUAUUUUCAGUAUCAUAUUUCUACAUUUUAAGUGUUAUCAUAAAAUAUGUAUGGAACUGUUCAAAAUGUCUAUAAAACUCCACAGUAUUGUCAUGGUAACCAAAGAAAUGGGGUGGUCGCAAACGUGCCAGUAGUUAUUAGCCAGUAGUUAUUGUUAGUAUGUAUGUCAUAUGUCUAGGGGCUUAUUGUGAAACUAUUGCAUUUUCAGGACAUUUCUGUUAAAAUACACUGGUUUCAACCCCAGCUCAGGGCUUAUUUUUUAGCAAUUAAUUUUUAGACUUAAAAAUAAAAAAUAGACUUAGAAACAAGAACAUACGUUCUGUGUUGGAAUAUAUACAGGUUAUGCAUUUUGCUAAUGUCAUAAAUCAGUUGUUCAUAAUGAAGUACAAAGUAGUAAGAGAAAGGACAUUUGAUAUCAUAUUGAACUGUUUUAUAUUCAAGCAUAGUCAUUGAUUUUUUCACUUAGGUCUGCAAUUCUUUUGUUGAAUAAUGGCCCAGGAUAUAUAUUAUUGCAUUUAGUGUGUUGAUGUCAAUCUCCUUCUUUUACAUCUCAACAUACAGGUCAAUGACAAAAAGUAUGUCAGAAAUCAAUGUAUAUUACAUUCAUAAACAUUUUAUUAUCACAAUAAUACAAAUAAAGAAUAAGUGCUUAUUUUAUAAUAAAGAUGGACAAGUCAAAAUAUUUAUACCUAUUUAAGGAACUAUUUCUUGCCUUUUUAGAGGAAUGGUUUCAGUUUGUAAUUUAUGCUGGCUAAUGUAAAAUGGUUAAAGUGAGUUGUGGUGUGCAUUUAAGUUUAAAUGUUAUUCUCAUGUGCCUUGAGACCAUUUGAUUUGGAGCUACUUUCUGAGCCUUCUACAAAGCUGAAUAAAAUGUAGCUUUUGUACAAGAUUAUGGGUUAUAAUAUAACAUAAUUAGAGCAUUUGAAUAUUGCAUUUAAGUACUGGUGUUGUUCACAAAUUUGGUUUACUUUGUUGACAUUAAUAAUUUCCUUGAACAUUGUAUUACCAAGAUUGACAUGCAGUAAGAGUUUCUGCAGUUUUUCAAAAAGGCUUUGUUUACUUAUUAAGCCUAUUCAUUCCCGUAACAUUGAGUAAUGUUUGUUUAAGAGCAACCGACUCUUUUGACCAAUUUUAUUUACAGCAAAGGAACCUCUAAUGAUCUGAAUAAAAAAGGUGUCAACAAGUAGCACCUUAAAGCGAGUAUGCAUGAUUUUGUCAAAUAUUUAUGAAUUUAUAUCAAAUGUGUAAUACACUUUUUAUACAUGUAUUUCAAUAUAAAUUAAAAUAAAAGUUAAGAAGAACAUAUGUUUAAAAAUGGUAAUCUUCAGGCAGUUCAUGUUUUAAAUAUUAUAAAUAAACUGAAAAUGUAGUAAGCAAAUUAUUAAGUAUAAAUGUGUUCAUGAUUAUGUUUAUUUGUUCACUUAUAUUUGCUGUAUAUAAUGCGUGUAUUUAAUUUUAUAUAGGAUGAUUUGCUCUGUAUGUAUAUGAAGUCCAAGUGAUGUUUUUAUAUUUAUUAAUAUGCCAAGCACUGAAAUGUUUUACUUAUCCAUAAACCUGUCUCUCUCUUGCAAUUGUAGUUUAUAUUAACCCAUUUAUGCUUAGCAUCUAAAAAAGGCCUUGGGAAACAGCGUAGACCCAGAUGAGACGCCGCAUGAUGCAGUGUCUCAUCAAGGUCUGCGUUGUUUGCUGAAAGGAAUUUCUGUAAGAAAUAUUCUAAAUAUAGAAAUAAAUAUACUAGACAUUCCUUAUUUUGGAAAUAAAUUGAUCCAAUUUAGAAGGAUGGGAGAGUCCACUAGGCAUAAAUGGGUUAAAGAACCACAUUCACAAUGUUUGAUUAAAAUAUUCCUUAAAAUAAUAGUUUAUUGUAAAGAAUUUCUUUGUUUCACAUGUAUUUCUUUAGAACAUAUGUUUGAAUGCGACUUAAAUAACAUUACGCCUUGUGAUUGUUGUUUAUGUAAGAUGUGUCCCUUUUCCUACUAAUGCAUUAAAACCCUUGUUCUACAGUGUAUAUGUUC